CCUGACCAAACUCCAGGUCACGUGACUGAUAUUCCAUCCUCGCCAUUUUGCAAUGUGGGAGAAAGGGAGGCCACUUUUUAUGGCUGACGAAUAAAACAAAGCAGUUUUAUGUGUUGAGGACAAAGAGCGUCGAGCCUUUCCGUGUCAGUCAUGGAGGAGGUCAGCAAUGCUGUACUCAUCACACACUCCUCCUCCACCACCUGUUCCUCCUCCGCUCCGUCAGCACUGGGAUCUCUCUCUCAGCCCGUAGCCCAGCAUGCUGUGGAGGAAGACGCCUCCCAGAGUCUUCAGCAGAAACGAGCGGCAGAUUCUCUAAUCCAGGUCAUCGAGAAGCUCAGCAAAAUCGUGGAGAAGCGGCCCCAGCGUCGCUGCACCAUGGCGGGACAGAAAAGAGGUGGAGGGGGAGGAGGUGAGGAGGGGGCGAGAGGGAGCAGAGGUGGCUCUCCUUUAAAGAAAGUUAAGAGAAACUGUAAGGUGCAGGAUAACGCAGAAGAGAUGCGAAUAGAAGGUGACCGUAACAACAACAUCACAUUAAUGGAGGCAUCAAACAACCCCAACAGUGGCGACCACAAACGGACGGUGACCUGCUAUCAGUGCAGCCUGUGCCCCUACCUCUCCCAGACACUGCCUAUGCUGAAAGAGCACCUUAAGCACCACAACGAGCAGCACAGUGACCUUAUCCUCAUGUGCUCCGAGUGUCGCUUCACCUCUAGAGACCAGGGGCAGCUGGAGGCCCACGUCAGGCUGCACUUCGACAACGGAGGAAACCUGACGAGCAAUUUGUCUGAUACCUACAGCGAGGGCAAGGAGGAGGUUUUAAGAACGCAGGAUGGGGACUGGAACGAUAGUAGCCCAUUGGACGGUUCAAAAGAGCUCCCGCAGAAGAAGAAGUGGUAUAGCUUCGAGGAGUAUGGGCUGUAUCGCUGUCUGAUCUGCAGCUAUGUUUGCAGCCAGCAGAGAAUGCUCAAAACUCACGCCUGGAAGCAUGCCGGCUUGGUGGAUUGUUCUUACCCAAUCUUCGAGGGUGAAGAUACCGCAAGGAAAGAGUCCCAGCCUGCACCUAACAGUGCUGCAACCAGAGAGGAAAUAGUCUUUCUUUCACCAGUUCCUCAAGAUAAAAGCCUCCAAAAGCUGCCCACUGCCUUCAAGCUCCAGCUCUGCGAGCCAAUGAAUGCUGAGAAUAAACAUGACGCGUUGAAUCGUCCAGUUUCCGAUCUCAAAGAAAGUUUGAAAAUGGAAGAGGAGGGAAGCGUGUACCCUAUCAAAGAGGAGCCCAUGGUAGAGGUGCAGGUGACGACGGAGGCAGACGCCAAGGUGGAGAUCGAUAAUCACCACAACAGCGCUUUCGUCACAGACAGCUUACUGUCAUCGGCACAGAAGAUCAUCAACAGCAGUCCCAACAGUGCCGGACACAUCAACGUGAUCGUGGAACGCCUUCCUUCAGCUGAGGAUUCCGUCAUGGUGACUAACCCGCUUCUUCUUAGCCCGCACGUGGACAGGGAGAAGAACUCAUUGGAUGCGAAUGAGGAGCGGGGCCAUGUGGGAGCUGCAAAGGGUGAAGUAGUGUCUAGCUGCAUUCUGGGUAGCACUCCUGACAGCAUACCUUUAGUAGCAGAUAUUAAACCGUCUGUUGCUGUGGGUAGUGACUCUCCACGGGAUGAAAACAUUCCCCCAGCUGUUCGAAAGAGGACACAUUCUGAGUCCCUGCGUCUGCACUCUCUGGCGGCUGAGGUCCUGGUAGCUAUGCCUAUGAGGACCACUGAGCCCCCCCCCUCCAGCACAAAGGUAAGUCUUAGGACCAGCACAGCCCAGACACAGAGCCCCAACCAGAAGUGGGUAGAGAUGACAACAGCCGGUCAGAGGACUUCUGACGCGGAGACGACUGCAGCUCUGUUGGACUUAGAGCUUCACGGCGAGGCCAGAGAAGAAGAAUUGGGGUCCUUGUGCCUGGGGGAGGGAGACGAGGAGGGCCCUGCCACUAAAGCGGGAAUCAGCCUGUCAUUGCUAACCGUCAUCGAGAGACUCCGAGAACGCUCGGACGAGAACGCCUCCGACGAGGAUAUCUUAAAGGAGCUUCAGGACAACGCUCAGUUCCAUAACGGAGCUGUGGAGAGUGUGGUGACAGGAAACGGAGCGGGGAGCUACAUGUGUAGCAUUCCCGGAAUGGACGGGUUGGUGGCAAGUUCUGACGGGGGACUGGUGGACUACAUCCCCGGAAAUGAAAGGCCGUACAGGUGCCGCCUGUGUCGCUACAGCAGCGGCAAUAAGGGGUACAUCAAACAGCACCUCCGGGUGCACAGGCAGAGACAGCCCUAUCAGUGUCCCAUCUGCGAGCACAUCGCCUCAGACAGCAAGGACCUGGAGAGCCACAUGAUCCACCACUGCAAGACCAGGAUGUACCAGUGCAAGCAGUGCCCAGAUGCCUUCCACUACAAGAGUCAGUUAAGGAGCCAUGAGAGGGAGCAGCACAGCUUCAGCGAGGACAUGUCCGGCCUCACCCCCGUCACUGAAACUGUCUCCAUGGUGGAGGACGCUGAGCGGGUCACAGAUGAUGAAUGUGGUGUGCAGAAGAUGUAUAAGUGUGAUGUGUGCGACUACACCAGCUCCACUUAUGUCGGCGUGAGGAACCACCGUCGGAUUCAUAACUCUGACAAGCCUUAUCGGUGCUGUAGCUGUGAGUUUGCCACCACCAACAUGAACAGUCUGAAGAGCCACAUGAGGAGACACCCCCAGGAGCACCAGGCCGUGCAGCUGCUGGAGCAGUACAGGUGCUCCCUGUGUGGCUAUGUGUGCAGUCACCCCCCCUCCCUCAAAUCCCACAUGUGGAAGCACGCCGGAGACCAGAACUACAACUACGAGCAGGUCAACAAAGCCAUCAACGAGGCCAUCUCCCAGAGCAGCCGAGCUCCUCAGAAGCUGCCGGCGGUGAUGGAGUCAGCAGCAGAGCGACCUGCGGGGGCCCCCCCCACAAAGGGCCCCGUGGAGGCAGCAGCCGGCCUGGCAUUGGACAGCUCAGCUACCCUGCCUACACCUACCACGGAGCCCUCACAGUGGCCCGGUGAAGCCCUGAGCCCCCAGAGGAAAGACUCCGCUCUGCUGCAGCAGCGCUCCAGUCAGGCCCCCGCCUCGGGCCCCGGCUCUGGGAUGGAGUACUGCGUCCUCCUGUUCUGCUGCUGUAUCUGCGGCUUCGAGUCCACCAGCAAGGAGCGUCUGAUGGAGCACAUGAAGGAGCACGAGGGCGACAUCAUCAGCAUCAUCCUCAACAAGGAGCAGCAAGCACAGGCAGCGGAGUGACAGCUGCCCCCCCCCCCCCCUCUCUACAAUAACACUGACCCUGAACUGCUGCCCUCUAAAGUAUUUCAUGUUUCCUUACCUCGAGGUGGUUAUAAGGUGUUAAACAUUUCACGUCUACUGUUCCACAGAACUGUACGGAAGACCAUUAGGGCCACAUGAGAAACACACUUUGGGAUGUGAGCAAAAGUAAAACAACAUUUUGAGUUCUGGCUUUAAACUCAAGACACUGAGAAAGCAGUCAGAAUCCUGAGAAAAAAGGUCAGUAUUCUGAGAUUAAAGACUUUUUUUAAUUCCAAAUUGUGACUUUUUACUCAGAAUCCUGAGAUUAAAGUGAAAGAAAGUCUGAAUUCUGAGAAUAAAGACGGAACUCAAAAUGUUCUUUUCUUUUGGUCACAUCCCUACAUUUCUUUCUCGUUUGGCCCUAAUUAUCUUCCGUAGAACUGUCAUUUCUCAGAAUGACAUUAUUUUCUGAGUGUAACAUCCUUUUUAAAAGGGAUUUCAUACAAAUGAUAGCAAUUUUUUUCUAGGCCGUUUUUUACAUUAAGAUGUCUGUAGGGAAGUGAUUUAAAUGUCAAGGGAAACCCGAGCUCUAACCAAGUUUAUUUCUCAACAUACAGGGACAAAAUCAUACCUCACAAAACCAUACAACCCCUCACCAGAAAUGGGAAAACCCAUUUCCAGUCUAUUUCAUAUAUUGACCACGAGGCAGCUCUCUUAUUGCUUUUGUAAUAUGUAAUGUAUUUGAAGUGAUGCGGUUGAGGAGCUCCAAACUGACCAUGUCUAACAGGCAUCUAUCGCAGCUUGCAUAGGAUUCAAUAUUUAUCACUUUAUUUGUAUGCAUGUUUCUGUUGUGCCAAUUCUAAAGAGGCAAAUGUUUUUUUUUGUAUGUGUGACUGUAAUUUGACUUGUCUGAUCAUAUAUAUUAUUUUAUUAUAUUUCUAUAGAGGAAAACGGUAAAGUUGUCAGAAAAGUGGGAAGUAUGGCAAACCCUUUUUAAUAUUUGAUCAGCAAUUCAUUUGAGAUAUCUGUAGAAAUGUUUUGACAUGUCACACAUAUAUUUUCACAUGUAGAUAUUACAUUUAAACACGUCAAAACUGAUUUACAGAUAUCUUUAAUUUAAUAAUAUUUUCAAUAUUCCCCUUAAUGCUAGUAAGAAUAACACUGGCUGAUGUAACAAACAUUUUAUUUUCACAUUUAAACCCUCAGAAAUUGUAUUUUACAUUACAUUUUGAAUAUGUAACACACAAAUUACCUAAUCAUUUCUAUCUGUAUAACACAUUUUUUUGCUACUACAGUUUUAUUUUUCAAUUCCAGAAAUCACAUUCUUACUAGUUAAAAUGACAAACCAAAAUGUCAAUUAUGACAUUUUGAACAUUCAAUGAUUCAUUAUAGAAUGUACGAUAUUUUGAAUAAUAUAUAAAUCAUCUAACAAUUAUAGAUAUCUACAAAAUACAUGUCCAAAAGUGACCAUUUUGUUGUUGAUAUGAAUAAUUAACAUAUUUACUAGUAGAAAUGACUUAUAGAUAUCAUUUAUUAGAAUUACAACUAGACACAAUGACAUUAUUGAUUUGUCGACUUGGAAACAUAACCUGUCAAAAUGUAGUCUACUAUUCAGUUUGAAUAGAAGUCAACGGUAAACUAGUUGGUUACAAAUUACUCUAAUAAGAAAUGAGUUGUGGACAUAAAUAAUUCACAUUUUGACUGAUGAGAAAGUAAUUGUAGCUAAUAAUAAAUAUAAAAAGGGUUUGCCAUGGUGGACGUUGAUAAAGAACUGGUCUUUGAUGGUUGUAGUCUAUAGACAGGUAUUGGGUUAGGGUAUGUUGACAAGAGGAAUAAUCAAAAGGGAAGUUAGCGUAUGUUGCGCUGUUAUUUAAAUCGAAUGGUGCCUAGAUAUUUCAAAGCAGGAAUAUUUUGUUAUUUAAUCUCAUCCACCUGUUCUUCACGUGUGAUUGUGGUGCUAGGAUCACAGAGGUCUCAUUGAAAGUAUAGUCUGUUUUUUUUUUAUAGCCCAUGCAAUUUAUUUUGUAUAUAUUACCAUUUUUAUAAUAACCUCUGCUCUUUUUGUCAGUGUUUUUAAAAUACAAACUUUCUAGUGUCAAACGCAACAUGGAAUGACUGCUGUCCUGCUAACAGACAUGGAUGUAGAAAAUAAAGUUUGGAGGCGACA